UUGAUUCUCCAAAAAUCCAAUUAAAUCCCCAAAAUUGGUGGGUUUCCAAUCAGGGAGAAGCAGAAUUCCCAAGGACUCCUCUCUGUCAUGCUCGAUGACCGCUGCCUGAAUCCUAUUUCGGCUCCCUUAGCCGCCGACAACUCUCGUGGCUCGUGGUCUGAAAAUCCUGAGGUUUCGUUACACGAUGUUUUCGUCGUUCUGCUUGCUGGCUUUUCUCCAAGCAAGCUUUGCAGCUCGCAUCGAGCACUUGGGUAAUGCCAGCACGUUCCUGUGCCCUGCUGGUGCAUCUGCUUCGUCUGGACGAUGGCGGGACUAUGGCUGGGGACUCACAGGUUAUCACUGGCGCUUCAUGGUCUGCGAGCAGUGCACUGUGAAAGCGUCAUCCUCCCUGAAGCCCUGUGGAUCGCGCGGAAGUCGCUACGAUGGUGGCUACACUUAUGGCGACGAAGGAGCAUGCCGAAGCAAGAUCGGUUGCAAGUGCCGCGAGAGCCGACAGGCUGGCAACGCCAACAGCGGCUUCACCAUGGUGCAACAAUGCCAACAGACCAGUUUCAAGAUUUGGCAGAAAUGCUGCGACUCAAGUGCGUCUCAAUGCUGCGACGGCACCAGUUGCGAACUGACCUGUCCGAAAACUUCCUGGUUCUCGAAGUGACCAACUGAUUGACCGCGCAAGCGCGCCAGAAAAGAAGCGCCGGUGAUGGAGCCCAAUGGUCAUGGACGAUGUGGUCCCUAAAAACUACCAGAUGAAUGCGCUGGCUGUUGAUAUAGUUAGUUGGCUUGAGUAUGUUGCGCAAAUAGAGGUGGCAAAUGUGGGCAUGUUUUGCAUGCACCCUGUGCGGACACUACAAUAUGCAAACCCGCACGGCAAAUUGCAACCUUCG